UAAAAAUGAACCCCCCUUUCUUCUCAGCUGCGCAUGGUCUACUCUGUUUUUGUUGACCUUGUUGUUAAUUAUUCUCCAUUAAUCCUCCAAUGAAGAUUCUUUCAAGGGUUCAAGUUAUUAAGUUUCGAUAUUUUCUUAAAUGUGAGAAAAUUGAUCCUUUAUCCAAGUGGUUUUCAUCAUCAUCUUCAAAUGGGUCUCAUUUUUCUUCUUCUUCUGAAUUGUAUGGUAAAGUUAAUCCCUUUAUGGAUGAUACCUACCAAAACAAUGCGGCAAAAGUUGAGGGUAUGAGAAAGACAGUGUAUGAUGUAUGUGGGGUUUUGGACACUGGUCAAUGGGGACCUGCUACUGAGGAUGCACUCAACAUGUUUGAUGAAAUGUUUCAACCAGAAGUUAUUGUUGGAGUGCUGAGGAGGUUAAAGGACUUGAAUAUUGCAUUGCAGUAUUUUAGGUGGGUGGAGGGAAAAACUGAACAACCACAUUGCCAAGAAGUGUACAAUGCACUUCUCAUGGUUAUGGCUAGGACUAGAAACUUGGACUGCUUGGAACAGAUUCUUGAAGAAAUGAGUGAGGCUGGAUUUGGAAUUGCUAAUAAUACUUGCAUAGAAUUGGUUGGUAGUUUAGUCAAAUCGCGGAAGCUAAGAGAAGCUUUUGGUGUUAUUGAAAUAAUGAGGAAGUUCAAGUUUCGCCCUGCCUAUUCAGCUUACACGACAUUAAUUGGAGCUCUUGCUGAGGUUCACGAAGCUGAUCCCAUGCUCACUCUCUUUCACCAAAUGCAGGAAAUAGGUUAUGAAGCAAAUGUACAACUUUUCACUACGCUUGUUCGUGUGUUUUCUAGGGAGGGUCGCAUAGAUGCUGCUCUUUCCUUGCUGGAUGAGAUGAAGAGCAACUCAUUCACUGCUGACCUUGUCCUCUAUAAUGUAUGUAUAGACUGCUUUGGUAAAGUUGGUAAGGUGGAUAUGGCCUGGAAAUUCUUUCAUGAGAUGAAGGCACAAGGGUUGGUUCCUGACGAUGUCACAUAUACUAGCUUGAUCGGAGUUCUUUGCAAGGCUGGGAGGUUGGAUGAAGCUGUUGAGCUGUUUGAAGAACUGGAUUUCAACAGAAGUGUCCCUUGCGUCUAUGCUUAUAAUACCAUGAUUAUGGGUUAUGGCUCAGCUGGAAAAUUUGAUGAAGCAUACAGUUUGCUUGAGAGACAAAAGAGAAAGGGGUGUAUACCUAGUGUCAUUGCAUAUAAUUGCAUACUAACCUGCUUAGGAAGAAAGGGUAAAUUAGAGGAAGCAUUGAGGAUCCACGAAGAAAUGAGACAAGAUGCCGCGCCGAAUCUCACAACCUACAAUAUUCUAAUUGAGAUGCUUUGUAAAGCAGGAGAACUUGAAGCAGCCCUGAAAGUCCAGGAUAGUAUGAAAGAGGCUGGCUUAUUCCCGAAUAUCAUGACCGUAAAUAUAAUGAUUGAUCGACUAUGUAAAGCUCAAAAACUUGAUGAAGCUUGCUCCAUAUUUUUAGGAUUGGAUUAUAAAGUUUGCACUCCUGAUUCAAGAACAUUUUGUUCGCUUAUCGAUGGCUUGGGCAGACGUGGCAGGGUCGAUGAUGCUUACAGUCUUUAUGAAAAGAUGUUAGAUUCUGAUGAAACUCCAAAUGUAGUAGUCUAUACAUCUCUCAUUAAGAACUUUUUUAAGUGUGGUAGGAAGGAGGAUGGUCAUAAAAUUUACAAAGAGAUGGUGCAUAGGGGCUGUUCUCCUGAUCUGAUGCUUCUUAAUACUUACAUGGAUUGUGUUUUCAAAGCUGGUGAAGUUGACAAAGGUAGGGCUUUAUUUGAAGAAAUAAAAACUCAGAGGUUAGUUCCUGAUAUUCGGAGCUACUCAAUUCUAAUUCACGGUCUUGUGAAAGCAGGUUUUUCAAAAGAAACAUAUAAGUUGUUCUAUGAGUUGAAAGAACAGGGACUACAUUUGGAUGUUCUUGCUUACAACACUGUAAUCGAUGGAUUUUGCAAGUCUGGUAAGGUCAAUAAAGCAUACCAGCUACUGGAGGAAAUGAAGACAAAAGGUCUACAGCCUACUGUUGUAACUUAUGGUUCUGUUGUUGAUGGACUAGCUAAAAUUGAUAGGCUUGAUGAAGCAUACAUGUUAUUUGAAGAAGCAAAAUCAAUAGGUGUUGAUUUAAAUGUAGUUAUAUACAGUAGUCUUAUUGAUGGGUUUGGCAAGGUGGGAAGGAUUGAUGAAGCAUACUUAAUUUUGGAGGAGCUGAUGCAGAAAGGUCUGACUCCAAACACAUACACAUGGAAUUGCUUACUCGGCGCUUUGGUGAAAGCUGAAGAAAUUGAUGAAGCUCAAGUCUGCUUUCAGAACAUGAAAAACCUAAAAUGUUCUCCCAAUGAAAUAACUUACAGCAUUAUGAUAAAUGGUCUUUGUAUGAUUAGAAAGUUUAAUAAGGCCUUUGUAUUCUGGCAAGAAAUGCAGAAACAAGGGUUAAAACCUAAUACUAUCACAUACACCACAAUGAUUGUAGGACUUGCGAAGGCUGGAAAUGUUAUGGAGGCGAGAGGCCUAUUUGAUAGAUUUAAGGCAAGUGGGGGCAUCCCUGAUUCUGCUUGUUAUAAUGCUAUGAUAGAAGGAUUAAGCAGUGCCAAUAAAGCAAUUGAUGCAUAUAAACUUUUUGAGGAAACUCGAUUGAAAGGUUGUCAUGUAUAUAGCAAAACAUGUGUUGUUCUUUUAGAUGCAUUGCACAAGGCUGACUGCCUUGAGCAGGCAGCAAUUGUUGGUGCUGUCUUAAGGGAAAUGGCUAAGUCUCAACAUGCUACAAGAUUACCCUGAUGAUUGGUUAUAUAUAUUGUACCGGCACUGUAAUAGAAGUUUGGCUUCUGGACCCAAUUAAGUAGUGGUCUUCUCAGUAAAUGACUGCCUUCACAUUGUUUGACCGGAAAAUUUGAGAGACAAAUCCAGAGAUUUCCAUUGUCACCAGCUCUUUGAUAAGGUUAAUGGUCCUAGCCUCAGGGUUUUGCGGCUUCUGGUUGAGAAUAUGCACAUUCCGGCUUAUUGCUUGGUAUACUGUGAUCCCUAUAGCUUUGAUAUAUUAACCACUAAUGGACUGUAGUUUGGUUUUCCAAUCUGUAACUUUACAAUUUCCAUACUUUUAGGUUUGAAUGUAUUGGUAGCUAUUAGAAUUAUAAGAAGCCACUAGAAUUGUUUAUUACUGAGGAAUUGGUUUUGCGCAACCGUGAGUCUGGGUCUAGCUACGGGUGAAGCUUACAGGGAUAAUGAUCAAAUCUCAGUGAAUGAUCCUGUCCUUGCAUAACAAUUUAGGAUUAUGGACAUGGAAAACUAUUUUCUGAUAUAAAAAUUUCAAGGGAAGGAUGAUGAAGUUCUGAAACUAACUAUUAGAUUAUACUGUUUGGUUUUUUUACCCAGGAUCUAAGACAAAAGUUUCAUGCACAGUGCGACAGUUUCCACAUGUAGUCCUUAUGAGUUCACAUGUUGCUCUGGUGUUGAUUCAAACUACAAUAUUGACGUCACAGGUUGCUCUGAUUGAAAGGAUGGUCAUAUUGCACCUUUAUGGAGAUAAAUGUUUGUUGCAUGAAGCUAGAACUGUAACUGUUAACAAUCAUGUCAAAAUAUAUGUUUUGGUCAGAUGUUGUAUUUGCUUGAAGAAUGUUCAUGUCUUGUAUCAAAUAAUCUGGCAUAUUUUUCUUGUGAAAGCUUUCUCUUUAUGAGCUUUCCACUUAAAAAAAGUAUUUGUAUUGUCUAGAUAUUUAAUGUUGGUAGUAUCUUCUGUAUGCAAUGUUAUGCCACAUAAUUUACUUUGA